CGAACACAAUGGCGGCAGGGUCUGAAGGCAUGGAGCGAAUGCUCCCGGAAUUACGGCCGAACAGAAAGCACCCGAGGAGAUCUAUGUGUGCCUGCACCGCAUAUAGCUGCAACAAACUUCUGUUGUUUCUCUACACCUUAGUUUUCGUGUGUGUUGGGAUCAUCUUGUUGGGUAUCGGGAUUAUCGUUGAAGUUCAUCGACAGGACAUCCAGUCAGUAAACAACCGACUUGCACUUCCUGUAGCUCUCCUGAUCGUGGUUGGGCUUCUCAUUGCCAUCAAUGCUUUCUGUGGUCUUGUUGGAACUGUCACGGAGAACCCGACCUUACUCAAAGUGUUUCUAGUGGGGACCAUCAUUGCCUUCCUCCUUCAAGUUUCCAUCGGAAUAGUGGCAUAUGUGUAUAGAGAGAAAGUCCCCGACAUCCUCAGUGAUGAACUGAUGUUUGGUGUGGAGAAGUAUUCUGAGAACGAUGACAUAGCCCGGGCCAUGAACUUCAUACAGAAAUCAUUCAAAUGUUGCGGCUUCAAGACAUUUGAGGACUACAUAAAUUACAACAAAGACUUCGCCUGUGAUUCGCCUAAACCCAUGGCAUGUGGCGUACCCUAUACCUGCUGUAAAGUAAGGGAGAAUGUCGCUCUACCCAAGACCUGUGGCUACGGAGUCAUGGGGAAUGCUACACUGAGUGACGUCAUCUACACAGAGGGCUGUACUGAUGCCUUCCUCAACUGGCUGGCCAGUCACCUGGACUACGUGGGUGCCACAGCCCUGGGAUGUGCCAUCCCUCAGAUUUUCGGGAUGCUGUUGGCCUACUUCUUCAUCCGCCGCGUCAGCGUCAGCGACCUGAGAGUGUGGUAUCGGGUGGACAACUUCCGCUCCGGCUAAGCCUAAUCCAGCCCCACGUUCAGCUCUAGUCAGCACAGCAUCCACACUGAUGUGCCCAUGUACCUUCACGAAUAAGCCAUAAUCUCAUUCUGUCAUGCUCGAGUUGCACACACGAGCUUCUGCCCUCUGGUGAGGCGUAUCACGUAGUUGUGAGAUGUUAAUGUAUCAGGGUACAUGUGGUACAGAUUGUGUAUCAGAGAGUCAUCAUGGAGAUCCUCCAUCAGAGACCCGUGGCAUCGUUCCUCAAAGCGAUCUUAGUGCUAUGUCAGUGGUAAAUGAAGGGAGUAAUGAUCAUCUUAUUGUGGAGAUUAUGUGGUGGAAUUGAUUAGGUACAAAUAUAACUCAUAGUUGAGAUUAACAUAAAUAAUACAAACAGAUAUAGUUUUUCAGGAUUACAGAAACUCGCUUUACAGUUUCACUUUUUGACUGACUAAGUACGUCAGCUCUCAUCUCAAAUCAGUUUCUAUACAAAUCGCGAUAAGAAAGUAAAACGGGAAGACACAGCUAAUUCAGUACUCUCCGGAAUUCCCAUUCCCGAAUUGUUAAGCCAGCGAUUUGGGUUAGAAUGUAUUUUGAUCGACUUUGCAUUGUUGUCAUGCUGAUCUUGAUAUGGUGAACAUAUCGCUAGGGUAUACUGUCACAUAAUUUAAAGGUUGUCGGAAAAAUGCAACUAUUUUGUUUUUACACAUUGCUUAAUGUACAUUUGUAGAUGAUAUCGGUUACAAAUAUGUGUAUAUUUUGAAAAUAAAUAUCCAGAAAUAUACAAGAAAUAUUGAUGAAAAGUUUAUUCAAUAAAUUAUUUUGUAAAAAUAAUGAGUAAUAUUUUUGCAAAUAAAGUAGGAAUUUAUUCAUAACCUGUACAUUUGCCCUGUAUAUGGACACUCAUCCAGUACGUGGUAAUAUUUCUGUCUUAUGUUAUGCAAUACUCAAUAUAGUUGUUAAGGAUAAUUCAUCACUGUCAGGAAGACCUCACAUCAAGUAUAUAAGUUAAUGUCAGAAAAUACCAACAGUGUAUACAAUGUGCUUGGACACGACGUCACCUUUCUUUACACCAUGUAUUUUGUCAUGACAUGUUUCAUACUGUUAUCAAUCCAUUCAGAUAUUUGAAUGUUUUUUAUCAUGCCUACAAUAUACAGAUUCAUGUCUUAUGAACACUUCAUAAUGGUUUCUCAAGACCGGUUUGAUGUGUAAAACAAUACUCUUGACGGACAACCAUCACAUUCAGAGAUGUACGACAUUCAACUGUGCUCGUAUCAGUCAGUCUAUUUAAUUUACCUAACCUACUAAGUGAUUUAGAUUGUGUAUUUUAGUAAAGCCAGUAUCAGGCAAGCUAGUACAAGAAUGAGAUUAUUUAUUUCACAGAAGCUACUAUGAGUAUCAAUUAG